AUGGAUGAUAGCUAUAAUCAAAGUUUAGAAAUCUUAAAAUUACAAUUACUUAUUGAACAAGAAAAAACUAAACAAAUACAAUUAGAAGAAGAAACGAAAAGAAUAUAUUUAGAAGAAGAAAUUAAACGAAUACAAGUAAAACUUUCACUAAUAGAUGAAGAAGAAUCAAAUAACUUUAUAUUUUUUGAAAAUGUAUUAAAACCUAUCGAAGUUCUAUCAUUAAUUCAAUCAAAACAACUUACUGAUAUUGUUCAAUAUUUAUAUGAUUGUCAUAUUAUUCAUUGUGAUUUAGUUAUAGAAUAUUUAAUGUUUGAUAGUUGCGUUUAA